CUUUUGGUCCUUCAGAAUUCUAGUUACCAGCGAAACGGAUCGAUCGGGCGGCGGAUGUUCUUCGCGGCCGUGGCCUCGGCCGCCGCCUCGGCCGCCGCCUCUCCUCUUCCGGCGUUCUCUCGGACGAAAAGCCCGUGCAUGAGCGAUGGCUUGGCGAAGGAACACACUCAGUCGGCAAUGGUGUCGCUUCCUUCCUCUCACAAGUGGCGCAUGGUCAUCGCCUAUGACGGCACCAAGUUCGCUGGCUGGCAAUAUCAGCAGUCACCACCAACAAUACAAUGUCUCAUUGAAGAUGCCUUGACACGCGCUACAAAGCUCUGUCGAAAAGAACUUUGCUUGGUUGGUGCGAGCAGGACUGAUGCUGGUGUCCAUGCUUGGGGCCAGGUUGCUCACUUCGUCACACCUUUCAUGUUUGAUAGCUUGGAUACUCUUCACUCUGCUUUGAAUGGCCUUCUGCCUCGAGAAAUCAGAGUGAGAGAAAUUAGUCCAGUCCAACCCCAGUUUCAUGCUCGUUUCUCUACAACGAGCAAGACAUAUCACUACAAGAUAUACAAUCAUGCGAUAAUGGAUCCUUUUCGGUGUCUUUUUGCCUACCACAGUACUUAUAAGCUCAAUCCAGUUGUCAUGAGGGAAGCUGCCGCAUAUUUUGUUGGAAAGCAUGACUUUACCUCUUUUGCCAAUGCAGCACACAAUGAUCUGCUGGGAAAUCCAGUCAAAGAAAUUUUUUGUUUCGAUAUCGUUGAAACGGUAAUCAAUUACGCCCAAUGCAAACAAUCAACUAUUUCGAGGAAAUAUACAAGCAAAUUGCAUUUGCAGGGUGCUGUUUUGCAGCUUGAGGUUGAGGGUUCUGGAUUCUUAUUCAGACAAGUGCGCAACAUGGUAGCUUUGCUGCUUCAAAUUGGAAGAGAAGCACUUCCUGCAGACGUCGUUCCACAAAUAAUCUCGGCUCGAGACCGCAAAGAACUUGCGAAAGUGGCUUUAUCAGCUCCGCCACACGGUCUAUGUCUCAUGUCUGUGAACUAUAACAGUGACAUCUUAGAACCUCCUCAAGGUUGCCCACCAAGUAGCUUCGGCAGAACUCAUUCAGUCAGCAAAUGUAAGCUUCCAUUUUAUUGAUACAUUUUUACUACAUGAUUGAAAUCUUCAGGUUUUUUCUUAAAGGCUCAUAAGCCUUGUUCAA